CCUCCCCUUUGCUAUAAACGAUCAAAUCUUCUUCUUCUUAGAAUCUUUGAUUACGGCCCGGACUUUAAACAGUCACCAUGUUUGCCAAGACUGGUUGGUUGAAACAAAUGAUUAAGAUUGGAUAGGAUAUAAAUACCCAGCAGAUUCCAGGUCAAUCUCAUUCCACAUCCUCAUCAUCACAAAUUCACAAAGAGCGCAUUCAAGCUCAAAGGGCUCCAUCAUUGACAUAUCACAUUCAGACAGGCAAACAUCAUAAUGACUUCCGCAUUUGCAACAACGCCCGUUGGUAGGGCAAUCAACACGUUGAGCAAAGGAAGGUACCUUCAAACACCAGACCAAGUUCCAGGUUGGCAAAUACCAUCAUCACUAGCAGACAAGAUUGCAGGUUUACCCUCGUCUUCUACAACAGGAUCAUUUACUAGGGCAGCAAGUCAGGAAUCCAAGCGGGAUAGCAUAGAACGACUAAAGGAUCAAACACAAUCGGAGAAGCCAACGUACGAUGAUCUAGAAGCAAGUCGAGCAGAGCACAAUAAAUCGGAUGAUUUAAUCCAACGUGCAACCUCACAAGUGUUAUCAGAUGGCGCAAAUCUUACUCGUGCAGAAUCGAUCAAAAAAGCAGAAUCGAUUUCAAGAGCAAUUAGCAUUCCUGUUGCAAAAGAAAGCUCAAGCGAUGACCAUAUCAUCGUUGGAUGGUACGACGAUCAAGAUCCCGAAAAUCCAAAAAAUUGGACGUUCGGACGUAAGAUUCUAGUUACACUGGCAAUCUGUUUCUUGACAUUUUCAGUUUAUGGAGGAUCAUCAAUCAUCACUCCAAGUAUUCCAGGUGUAAUGCAAGAAUUCAAUGUUUCUCAAACGCAAGCAACCGUUACACUCUCCGCAUUCGUUUUCGGAUACGGAUUCGGUCCUCUCGUCAUUGCAUUCUGGGCUGACAUUCCAAAGAUUGGUAGAUCAACACCUUACUGGACAAGUAUGCUGGCUCUAGUGCUCUUCAAUGUCGGAGCAGCUCAUUCCAAGAGCUAUGGUACACUUGUAACGAUGAGAUUGCUGUCAGGAAUGGCAGGUAGUCCUGCGCUCGCGACUGGAGGGGCUACACUCGGGGAUAUAUGGCUGGACCUCCAACUUCCAAAAGCUAUUUCGGUGUGGGCAAUCGGAGCUGUUUGUGGUCCCGUACUAGCUCCCGUCAUCGCUGGAUGGGCAGCGAUGAACGUUGGAUGGCGAUUGCCAUAUUGGAUUUUCGUUGCAAUGUCAGGUGUCGGGUUAAUAAUUACUUUAUUUGUCCUCCCGGAAACUUUGCCCGACAACAUUUUAUACAGACGCGCUAAGAGAUUGAGGGCCUUGACUGGAAAUCAAAAAUUACGAGGUCAAGGCGAAUUAAAUCAACUCGCAAUGAAACCAAUGGACUUUCUCGUUGAAGCAAUUUAUAUGCCAAUUCGCAUAUCUUUCGAACCAAUCGUUCUCUAUUCAUCGGUAUUGUUGGGUUUGGUUUAUGCAAUCUUCUAUGCUGCCUUUGAAGCAAUUCCGAUCAUUUUUGGUGAAAUUCAUCAUUUCAACUUAGGUGAACAAACAUUACCGUUCUUGGGAUUGGGAGUGAAUGCUUUCUUUCUCACUUUACCGUUCUACAUCCUUUAUUUGGUGUACUACUUUGACCCAAGGUUCAUUGCAAACAUCAAGAAGGGAAUCAUUCGUCCCGAAGACCGUAUCAUUUUGGCCAUGCUCACUUCUCCUUUGGUCAUUAUCAGUCUGGUUUGGACAGGUUGGACGAGUAAGGCAAGCAUCAGUUAUUGGUCACCUUUGGUUGCGCUCUCUCUUUAUUUGACUCCAGUCUUCUUGCUGUUCCAAUCAAUCUUGGUCUAUCUGAGCUUCUCGUAUGUGGAACAUCAAAAUGCAGUCUUGACGGCAAAUGAUCUCAUUCGCUCAACGAUCGCAGCCGCUUUCCCUUUAUUCUCAACGGCAAUGUUCAAGCAAUUAGGACUGGGUAAAGCGUAUACAAUGCUGGCCGGUAUUUCCCUCGCUUUGAUGAUCCCUUUGUACGGAUUGUACAAGUACGGACCCAAGUUAAGGGCGAUGUCCAAAUAUGCUCAUAAUUACGAAGCCGACAUUCCCGCCCAAUGACGGAACCUUUUAUAGAAUACACUUAAUUUAGACGUUCUCGCUUAAAAAUAUAGAUUGUACCAUUCCCGUUACCUAGUCAACAUAGCAUGACCCAAUCACACAAUCUCGAUCGCCUUUC